CCGCACAGCAAACUGGUAUCUGAUGGAUUCAUUUGUGCCAACGGCCCUCAUAAUGGGUAGCUAUGUAGUAUUCAUUGUAGUCGGGCUACAAGUUAUGAAGAAUCGGGCACCAUUGCAGCUAAGAAAUGUUUUAGUCUCGUAUAACCUGUUUCUUGUGAUGCUGUCAAUAUAUUUAUUUCACCAGAUUUUUCAUUCAGCGAUUGAGUCCAAAUACAACAUUGUCUGUCAAGGUGUAGAAAAGUCAUCACAUCCACGUGUUAUUAGGAUGGCAAGACUCAUGUGGUGGUUUUAUAUUUCUAAGAUUUUAGAACUCAUGGACACGGUAUUUCUGAUACUUCGCAAAAAAAAUUCACAAGUUACUUUUCUGCACUGCUAUCAUCACUUCACCAUGGUGUGCAAUACCUGGCUUAGCGUUAAAUAUGCUCCAGGCGGACAAAAUUUUUUUAUUGCGCUCUUAAACUCCUUUGUCCACGUGAUCAUGUAUUCAUACUACGGCCUUGCAGCUAUAGGACCUCACAUGCAGAAACAUCUGUGGUGGAAACGUCACCUCACACAUCUACAACUGAUCCAAUUUUUCGCUAUGUCAUCUCACAUUCUAAGUGGAGUUAUCAACAAUUGUGGUUAUCCGAUUUGGUUUGGGACAAUCCAGUUUUUAUACGUCGUUUCUCUCAUUAUUUUAUUCACUAACUUUUACAUGAAAGCGUAUUUACAGGAUUAUAAAAAGUCAGUAAUUCAAGCAAAUAACAAAAAAUAUGAACUUCAACUCAACGGCAAAACUGACUAAUCGUUAACAUCUUAGUUAUGUUACUUUAACUAUUACUUUUGGAAAUAUUAUUUACUCUCAUACUUGAUUUAUAAGUUACGAAAACAAUAUCGUUUGAUGUAAACUUUAAUAUAAUGUUUCACGUCUCAUUGAUAGAUUAUUGUAACUUAACACCCAUCACAUGGUUGACGGACGAUUUGUUCUAUUCCUGGUACAGCAUCUGGUUUUGGCUAAGAUAUCAAAGUAUUAAAUGUGUAUUAUAACGCCUCCAUACUGGGUUGGGCAUAUUAACUUAUUGUUAAGUUUUAGUAACUCAAGUUUAUACUCAAUUUUGGAUACUGUGUAAAUGACGAUUGAUAUCGAAAAUGUUAUUUUUUUAAAUGUAUAGCGUUACUAAAGAAAAGUACACUGUCAUAUUAUAUAAACUUCUUGUUUUGGUCUUGUACACUGAACUUGAUGAAAAAUUAUAAAAGUUUUUGUAACAAGUAAAACAAAAAUAAAAGGUUUAAUGUA